AUGGAAUUCGGGGAGCUGGUCGGAGAAAAGACGGUGCGUAUCUACUCCGUACGCUGCGGUGCCUUCUCGCGUUGCUGGAAACUCGAGGCCGACCUGCUCGCGGCUGAGUCAGCGGGUCUUUUUAUAGAAACAGUUGAAGAGGAGGCCGUCCACGUCAGCUUUGCGCAGUCUCACAGAUGGUGGUGA